AUGGAUGUUUUGGCGAAAUUUGACGUCUAUUUUUCUCCGCGCAAGAAUGAACUUGUAGCAAGGUACAAGUUUCGAAGAUGUAUGCAGGAAACAAACGAAACGUUGGAAGCCUAUGUUACCAGAUUGAAAAUUCUUGUGAAGGACUGCAACUAUGGUAACCAACGAGACAAGCAGCUGAGGGACCAAGUGGUGUUUGGAUGCACUGAGGACAAACUUCGUCAGAAGUUAUUUGAAGUUGAAGACCUUACCCUUGAGAAGACAUUGGAUUUGUGUGUGGCCUUUCAAGCAAGCAAAAGGCAGAUGGACGUCAUCAAGUCUACUCCUGGCCACACCAAUGACAGUGUGGCCAAAGUGAGAGAAAAGCCUAGAAGGGAGAAGACUACUGGUAGCAGACACAACGCAGACCAUGAUGAUAGGCCUAGGCAUGAAAAUAAUGAAGGUAGGCCUAAGUCCAGUAGACCCAGUAUUCCUACAAAUAAGUUGCGCACUUGCAAAUUUUGUGGGGAAAAACAUGAAUGGCUUAAGGAAAAGUGUCCAGCUCAUGGUAAGAAAUGUACAAAAUGUGGUAAAUAUAAUCAUUAUGCUGUUAAAUGUAAAAGUAGGAAAAUAAAUUAUGUAUCAGGUAAUGACAAUGACUUUGAUGUGAGUAGUUCAGAUGAAUCUGAUUGUGAAUAUUUGCUUAAAGUGUCUAGUAAAAAGGAUAAGCUAAUUGAAGCAGAUUUUGAAGUUAAUGGUAAAAUAAUCAAAUUUCAAGUAGAUUGUGGAGCUAGUGUAAAUGUAAUUCCUCAAUAUUUAAUUCCUAAUGUAAAUUUAAAGCCUUGUGACACUACCCUAGAAGUGUGGACUUUAGAAACAGUUAGGCCUAAGGGAAAGUGCAGGUUAGUAAUUAGAAAUUGCAAGAAUAGGAAGAAAUAUAACCCUGAAUUUUUGAUUGUUGAUUGUAAAUACACUCCAUUAUUAAGUAAAAGAACAUCAGAACAAAUGGGACUUAUUACAGUUAAUUAUGAAAAUAUUUCUGCAACUAAAGAUGUACUUGAUAAAUAUGACAAUGUAUUUAAAAUACUGAUGUGGUACUUCCAAAAUGUUGUUAGACUAACCAUUGACACAAAUGCAGAACCAGUAGUGAUUCCUAAAUGCAGAGUUCCAAUUAACCUUAAAAACAGAGUAUGUAAGAAAAUAAAUGAAAUGGAAAAACAUAAAAUAAUAGCUAAAGUUGACCAACCUACUGACUGGGCGAGUCGGAUGGUUGUAGCUGAAAAGAAAAAUAAGGAUUUAAGAAUUUGUAUUGAUCCACAAGCUUUAAACAAGUCUCUGAAAAGGGAACAUCAUCCUACCCCUGUAAUUGAUGAUAUUCUACCCCAACUGUCAAAGGCAAAGGUUUUUUCAUCUUUUGAUUUGGCCAAUGGGUAUUGGCAUUGUGUUCUUGAUGAAAAAUCUAGUUUUUUAACCACUUUUCAAACCCCUUUUGGUCACUACAGGUGGCUCAGACUACCAUUCGGUUUAAAUGUUAGUGGUGAGAUUUUCCAAAAACAGUUACUCUUGAAUCUUGAGAAUCUUGAUGGUGUUGUAUGUAUUGCUGACGAUGUUAUAAUUUAUUGUGUAGGUGAAACGUAUGAGGAAGCUGUUAAAGACCAUGAUAGUAAGAUAAUCAAAUUUUUGGAAAGGUGCCAGGCUAAGGGUAUAAAACUUAAUAAGUCUAAGGCCGUAUUAAGAAAAUCUGAAAUUGCUUUCUUAGGUCAUAAAAUCACAAGUAAAGGUCUCAUGCCAGACCCUAAAAAGGUGGAAGCUAUCCUGAAUAUGAAACCACCUACUGAUGUAACUGGUGUUAAAGAGUUUACAGGUAUGGUUAAUUACUUAAGUAAAUUCCUUCCUAAUUUAUCUGAGGUGUUAGAACCAAUAAGAAAAUUAACUCAUCAAAAUACCGAAUGGAAUUGGACAGAAAAACAAGAAAAAGCUUUCAUUGAGUCAAAAAGGCUAAUCACUAAUGCUCCAAUACUGCAGUACUAUGACCCAAACUUAGACCUUGUCAUACAGUGUGACGCUUCGCAAAAUGGGCUAGGUUCAGUAUUGUUACAGUGUGGUAAACCAAUUGCUUUUGCUAGCCGUGCUUUAUCAGAAACCGAAAAAAGGUACGCACAAAUUGAAAAGGAAACACUUGCUAUUGUUUUUAGUCUUAGAAAGUUUCAUGAGUAUGUCUAUGGUCGUAAAAUAAUUGUUGAGAGUGAUCACAAACCUAUUGCUAGUAUUGUUUUGAAACCCUUGUGUAAUGCUCCCAAGCGACUGCAAGGAAUGUUGCUUAACAUUCUACAGUACGAUGUUGAAAUCAUACAUAAAAAAGGUAAGGAAAUGUAUGUGGCUGAUGCACUCACGAGAUCUUAUUUGCCAUUAGAUGAUUAUAAAGAAAGUGAAUUUGAGCAAGUUAACAUGCUUGAUUAUUUGCCAGUAAGAAAAGAGCGUCUUGAUGAAAUUAAAUAUGAAACAGACCAGGAUGAGACUUUGCAAAUUUUAAAAUCCUUAAUCUUAAAAGGUUGGCCAGAAGGAAAUGAUGCGAUACCUAAUGUAGUCAAAGCCUAUAGUCAUACUAAGGAUGAGUACUCAGUUCAAGACGGGUUAAUUUUUAAGAGUAAUAGAAUAGUCAUUCCAUUAAACCUCAGACAUAAGAUAAUGCAGGUCAUUCAUUCAGCACAUAUAGGAAUUGAGGGCUGUCUACGGAGAGCCAGAGAAGGUAUCUAUUGGCCAGGAAUGAACUCUGAUAUAAAGCAAUUCAUCUUAUCAUGUGAAAUUUGUAAUAAAUUCCCUUGUGCUCAACAAAAGGAAACUUUAAUUAAUCAUGAAAUUGCAGAUCGGCCAUGGCAAAAGGUUGGAGUUGAUCUAAUGAGUAUUGAAAAGUAUAAUUAUCUUAUAACUGUUGAUUACUUCAGCAAUUUUUGGGAAAUUGACUACCUACAAAACACAUUAGCCAGUACAGUGAUUAGAAAACUUAAAUCUCAUUUUGCUAGGUAUGGAUUGCCCUGUGUAUUGAUUAGUGAUAAUGGACCCCAAUUUGUAAAUGAGAAUUUCAAACAGUUUGCAACUGAUUAUGAUUUCGAGCAUAGGACAAGUAGCCCUACACAUGCCCAAUCUAAUGGUAUGGUCGAAUCUGCAGUGAAAACAUCUAAACGUUUAAUUAGAAAAGCUGUUGAAAGUAAUAAAGAUCCCUAUCUAGCCAUUUUGGACCAUAGGAAUACUCCUACUAGUGAUAAAGACGCCAGCCCAUCACAGUAUAACCUAGGUAGGAGAACACGUACCAAAUUACCAAUGUUAUCCAAGUUACUUGAUAAUCAAAAUGUAAAUUUAGAGUUGGCUAAGGUAAAGAAGAAAAUAAAAAAUGCUAAGAGUAAAUUCUAUUAUGAUAAAAAUGCUAAAGAUUUAAGUAUUUUGCAUGAAGGAGAUAAUGUACGUCUUAAACCUUAUGUUUUGGGCAAAAAGGCCUGGGAAAAAGGAAAAGUUGUGGAAUGA